AUGGCAAAGCUUAGUGGAACACCUUAUCGCUCCCUCUCGUCGAUAUCACUUCCUCGUCCGAUCCGGCGUGUUAUACCCGGAGUUGCCUCCGCGAAGCAUUCGUUUUCUACUAGCUCCCCACGACGCCAGCCUUCCAAUGUAGGCAAUGCAGGGUUAGCAGAGGAAGAUGUGGUUAUCGGUCCUCAGGCCAAUGAACCGUUAACCAUCGAAGGUAUCAAAGCAAGGAGGGCAAAGGCGGGAAAGUUGGUUGCUCCUACGGCCUCUUAUUCGGAUAGUGAUAUGUUCAAGUCAUCUCAAGCAUACGAUAAGCCGAAAGCAAGACGGUGGGAUCACCUCUUAAGCCAAGAAUCACUCGCUCGAGAAGCCUGCGUGCUCAAACAAGCAGCUAAACAUCUAAAGAAACCCGGACUAAUCUCUCUCGGCGGUGGUCUCCCCUCCGCCGAGAACUUCCCCUUCGAUGGCCUCAGUAUGCGUGUCCCCUCGCCGCCAAAUUUCAGCACGGUCGAGGAGCAGGACAUAUCAAUGGGGAAGUACGAUGUAGCACGUAACCAGAACGGUGGUGUGCACGAUCUCUCAAUCGCCUUGAAUUAUGGACAGUCCAUCGGAUCAGCGCAGCUACUCCGGUGGACGACUGAACACACGGAACUCGCACAUCGCCCACCUUACGCAGAUUGGCGAUGCGCCCUAACAGUUGGCAGCACGGGUGCUCUCGAGCAGGCUAUUCGCAUGUUCUGCGACCGUGCUCGAGGCGACGCGAUUCUCACCGAGGAGUACAGCUUCUCAACUGCACUUGAAACAGCAGCUCCCCUGGGAAUCAAAGUAUUUGGCAUACAUAUGGAUGCGCAAGGAUUGUUGCCCGAGAGUAUGGAUGAGAUAUUAUCGAAUUGGGACGAAGCAAGUAGGGGUGCCAGGAAACCGACAGUCCUAUACACAGUGCCGUCGGGGCAAAAUCCGACAGGGGCGACGCAGGGCGUGCAGCGGAGGAGGGAUAUAUACGAAGUGUGCCAGAAACAUGACGUUUUUAUCUUUGAGGACGAGCCGUAUUACUUUUUGCAGAUGCAGCCAUACACCAGCGGCCCAGAAGAAACUUCACCGACACCCCCCGCAACCGUGGAAGAAUUCCUCGGAGGUCUAAUACCCAGCAUCCUAAGCAUAGAUACAGACGGGCGGGUACUUCGAAUGGACUCAUUCAGCAAAGUCCUCGUGCCCGGAUCCCGAUUAGGUUGGAUCACAGCCAGCGAACAGGUAGUCGAGCGAUAUAUCCGACACGCCGAAGUCUGCAGCCAGGGGCCCAGCGGAUUGUCGCAGAUCCUCGUGUAUAAACUAGUCGACGAGACGUGGGGCCACGACGGCUUCCUGCAGUGGCUUAUGCACCUACGUCUCGAGUACACCAGGCGGCGAAAUACCAUCCUAGCUGCCUGCGAGAAGUACCUGCCGCGGGACCUAGUAAGCUGGGUUCCGCCGGCUGCCGGCAUGUUUCUCUGGCUAGAAGUCGACCACACGCAACACCCGCAAGCCUCCACCCGCUCCAUCCUCGAGAUCGAAGAGGACAUCUUCAAAUCCUGCAUCGACAAGGGCGUCCUCGCCAUCCGCGGGUCUUGGUUCCGUGCGGAACAGGACUUGCCGCCUAGCGGACUGUUCUUUCGCACCACCUUCGCUGCUGCCUCUGAGGACGACAUGGCGCGUGCCAUCGAGCGUUUUGGCGAGGCUGUGCGCGAGAGCUUUUUUUCUUCUUGA